UAAAGCAUCGCACACCGAACCUGUGUGUGUGUCGAAGUUUACACAUGGCUUGUAAUGUGUCAAAAAUGUUCUCGCUCUCAAGGGGUGUGGGGGGUUAUCACGGUGCCCGUUUAGAACAACCAAUUAGCGUGAAGAAUCGAAGGCGGUCUGAGCCAAUAAAAGACACUGUUAUGUGGACCCGUUUCCAUGCAUACACUUUCGGCACUAUGGGCUCCACUAUCAGAUCUGCUGUUGUUUUUAGGCUGUGACGUGUGCACACAUCUGGUAUACGGCGCAGUGGUAUACAUUGACCCCUGAGCUUUCGUUUUCUUGAUGCGAGGUUGCAACUCUACACUCUCCAAGCUCGUCACUCUCUCUGCACCGUAGCGAUAUUAUAGUUACACAAGAUGAAUAUGGAAUCGCAUACUGAGACGAUGGCUUCGGAAUUGGACCCAGCUAUGAACACUCUGGAGUCGGGUAUCAUGAUCGUCGACAGCGAGGCCAACAACAGCAUUCAGCAGCACUCCACCACGGACAACAUGAUCCAAGACUUGUUGAACAACCACAAAUCGUCGCCCAUCAGUAGCAGCAUCGGCGUGAUCAACUCAUGUGCCAAUGCCGCUACUCCCACCACCACCACUACCUCCAUCGGAGACAUCAACGAGAGAGGGGUCAAUGCCUUGUCGUUCUCCUCGCAACAGAUCGUCUGCGUUUGUGAGGCUUUACUCCAGACGGGGAAUAUGGAGAGGUUGGCCAGGUUCCUCUGGACCCUACCGUCAGACGAGUCUCUCCAAAGCAACGAGACUGUCCUCAGAGCAAGGGCAGCGGUGAGUUACCACCGGGGAAACUUCAAAGAGAUGUACUCAAUUAUACAGUCGUACAGCUUCAACUCUGCCUUCCACCCGGAGCUUCAAGACCUGUGGUAUCGGGGGCAUUACGGCGAAGCAGAGAAGUCCAGGGGAAGAGGGUUGGGUGCUGUCGAUAAAUACCGCAUCCGUAGGAAGUUUCCUCUACCGAGGACCAUUUGGGACGGGGAGGAGACUGUGUACUGCUUCAAGGAGAAGUCUAGGAAGAUGUUGAAGGAAUGUUACCGGAUGAACAAGUACCCCACACCGGAGGAGAAGCGGAAUUUGGCGAAGGUGACGGGACUAACUCUGACUCAAGUGAGCAACUGGUUCAAGAACAGACGGCAGAGAGAUCGUGCUCCUGCUGGCAUAUCUAAAGGAGAUGUAGAGUCGAACAACAACAACAAUAAUAUACCCUCUGAUCUGGACGAUUCCAAGGACGAGGACUUCUCUAUACACGCCAGAUUCUAUGAGGGCAACUUCAACAACAACAGCGCAACAUCAAGCCCACCUGGUGCAUUAUCCACUAAGAUGACGUCAUCGUUAUCUCCCAUGCACAUAGUGACCACACCCGUCAGUCCAGCAAGCUCAUUGGAGCGUAUCAAGAUAGAACCGAGGGAGCCCUCUACGUUGAGUUCAUCCCCAUCCCAGGACCUCACCCCUCUAACUGACUUUCGUGCUAUGGGGUUCAAGUUUCUUCAUGACCUAGCCGUCAUACAGCAGGUGGUACCCGUUGCUCUGAGCACGGGACCAGUGGACGUGCCAACCGCCACCUCCCUCAGUUCAAUGCUUGCGGUGAACCCGACAACUUUUCUCGGUGCUGGCUUCACUGGUAAGGGGCAGCUACCAAGUCCGUACCGCCAGGGCACGCCCUUGAUGGCACCGGAUCUCACCCCAGCCGCUGCUGCACAGUUGAUGGAGACAGUAGCAGCAACUUGGAAUAACAAUACAAUCACUCGUGCCCCUCCUCGCCCUUACAGUACCGGAGCAACGACGACAGCAAAUGGUGCCGCUGCAACUGCAGUCGGUGGCCCCACAUCUAUCGGCAGUGCCGGUGGUAGCGUCUUGGAAAUUAAUAUACCCCCUCAAACAGUCGUCGAAUCUUCCAUGACGGGCGUAAUAACCACCACCUCGUAGCACGAUUGAAGUCGAUUGUAGUUGGUUGUCGAAACUCGGAUUUUCAGUCUCGGUGACGCAAUAGGCCUGAUUGGUUGGUUCAACCUUGCUCUAUUGUACAACCAUGGAGCAAUACUGUUUGCUGAAUCUAAAAAUAACAAUGAGAACAUCUUAAAGAUCUAAUAAGUCGUACUGAUUAAAGAAAAACUAAACAUCAUGCGCCACUCAAUUUUAGGUACAAAGGGUUUGUGGAAAGGACAUCUUUUAUUCAAAAUGGAGAAACAGUAGGCCUACAACCAACAUACAUGGUAAAACUAGUACGCUUCGGACAAAAACUAAUAUUUGUUAGGUCCAGAGCUAUGUAUACUUUGUAUUUUCAUUAAGAGGCAGGGUGCUUUUUGGUAACGACAAUCGAAGCCCCUCACUGGGUGUAUCCAAAAAAUACACAACAUCAAAAAUAUCUUAAUACUCGGAAAGUUAUUGUGUAAGAACCGUGGAGAGAAGACAACGACAGAAGUUUCAGUUUUAGAUGUAGGAGGAAAACCUCUGAAAUUUAUUCCAGGGGAAAACCACGCAACCAGGUAGGGAUUGAAAACCUAAUCCACAUAUAAAGUGCCCCAAGCGAGGUUCGAACCGGGGUCCCAGAGGUGGAAGACGAGGAAAGAUAUCAUUAGCCAACCCGACUGACCAAUGUUUCUUGUUUGUAUCGUUGAGUUGGUGACAAACUGAGCUUGCAGAAAAUCAAGUUCCCAUAGCUCCUUUGUCUUAAAACAUGAUAGUUUAUCAACAUGGGUAAGAUAACGGUUUUGUGUAAAGGACUUAUGUCCUACCUUCACAUGGGCCCUCUUCCAUAGAUUUACAGCUUUUCAAAGAGCUUAGCUUACCAGAAUAAGGUUUCAGCCAUAAUACCAUGCCACAUGUACAAACUGCAAAUGGUGUCCUGCUUAUUUCUGCUUAGCAGCACAUUUUUAGGCAAUUUUUUUGAAAUUCGGCCAAAGUGCAAGUGUAACAUUAUAAUAGUGUAGUGUACAUGGCUAUUUAUAAACACACUCCUAAGGUAGCAAAAGGUUUGAAAUACAAACAAUAUAAACACUUUCUAUCUCGAUGUUAAAUGGUUCCACAGAAGUUUUGUUUCCUCUUUCUUGUUUUUUUUACCAAAUACACUUACUCAGUACUAUAGCCUGUGCAUAUUAGCUGCAAAAUUGUGGUGACCCACUGUACAAUUAAAUAACUUGAUAAUGAUAUCCUCUUGUUGAAAAGGUGUAUCCGUUUUUGAAAAGAUUAAGGGAGGUUGUACCUUUGGUAAUUACUUCGAUUUAGUGUCAGAAAAUAACUAUAGGCCCUUCUUGGCAGAUUCAGCACUGCAGAUUCUGAGUUGAUUAUUAUAAAUUAUUGUUAUGAACGACAUCCUUUGAAAGUAGUAUGUUGUUUUAGAGAGAGGGGUAUUUUUCAACCAAAACUGUUGAUCUGAAUCUCAAAAGCACAAAAGGGUGUUUUUCUUGCAUUAUUUUCUUGCAACUUCGAUGACCAACUUAGCAAAAGAAUUCUCAGCUUUGUUAUUUCAUGCUCAAUUUUGGGAUACACCAACGGAUGAUACCGGUCUUGUGCCAAACGUGCAUUCAAUCGUUUCUUCUCAUUCAUGGUUUGACAAUUACCAAUAGUGUCCACUGUUUUAAUGGACUGAUGUUUCGACCCUAGCAGAGUAUUUCUCGAACGCUAUGUUUUAUUCUGACAAUAAAAAUUCGACUUGCCCAGCGGACUCGCCUCCAACAGAGGGAAAGGUUUUGACUCUCUUGAGGCUGUUUUCACUUGAAUUGAACAAAGGGCUACCUCUGAGGUCAAACUCUACUUACCCUCAAUCUCAGCCCUGGGACGUAUACUUGGUGAGUGGUAAACUUGAAGUCAACUGUCCGUGAAAUUGUCUUAGAAUCAAAAAGCUAGCUGACAACUUCCAACUCUAUUAAAAGACUGGCUGGAUUUAUGGUAUUUUUGAUAUGAGGCACUGGACACCUUUGGUAAUAUUGUCAGACCAUUUCACUUGGUGUAUCCCAACGUAUGCAUGAAAUAAC